AUCUUUGACAGAGAUAGAGCAUCUGUUCCCGAGAAAGCAAGCUUUCACUGUGUGCUGGAGAGAAGUAGGCUGUUUCUACGUGCGUCGACGCGCAUCGCAAUACAUUCAAUACAAUUCAUUCGCGUGCUUCUGCGGUGAUCCUCCUGAGGUUUCGCCAUGGCGAGAAGGAGUUUUUCCACCAAGAAAUCUUUGAGGAAUUUGUUUUCUAAAAGUGAAGCGAAUCUCAAAGAGUCGGUGGAGAAAGAUGACAGCGGCAAAGGAAUUCUCAGAUCAUUUAAAUGGAAGUCAAAGAAAUCGGAGAGUGCAGAGGAGAGCCUAAAGGCUGCAAGAACUGAGUCUGAGACACUGGAAGCUGGCGACAGUGAAACUCAAGAUGAUGAGAAGUGGACUAAACGCAGGACUUCUCUGUUUGGCACCGUUCUUAGGUCAAAGAAAGUGCAACACAGUUACUCAGAGAGUGAUCUUCAUAAAACCAAGGGCUUUAAUAUAUCCUUAUCCUGGAAGAAGAAGAAGAAGAAAAGAGAUCAAACCCAGGAUCUUCCGAGCAAUAGUGGCAUCUCAGGAGUCAAGGAUCAUAUCAGUGAACAAGAAGAAUUUGACAACCAGGUAGACACAGAAGAAAAUCAGGUUGGUUCUGCACCAGAUACCUCCAGUACUUCUGGCCAGUCCCAGUCCCAGGAUGUCCUGAGUGACGUGUCUACGCUUAAUAAGGAGGAUGCAGGUUUUAUGCCUUCAGAUCUGGACAGUACAUCAAUACCAUAUAUCGACUCUUCACAGUCUGAUAGUGAUGUUUACCAGACACCCCCAGAUAGCCCAUCUGCUAAUAAAUAUGCUCAGUACUCCAGCUCUCAGCACUCCCACUCUGAGUGUAACAUCACUGACUCAUUCAGUUCUGUUCCUGAUCUGGAAACUACAGCAAGUACUGACCCAUGCACAGUCCAUAAUUCAAACGUAGAUCUGAACCCAAGUGGUGUCUCUUUAAGGGAUGGUCAUUCUUUCUCUGAUUUCGAACUAUCUAAAUCAGGAAUAUCAACAGAUGUUGAGAUCAACACAGUCGCUAGAUACGUUACUCCUAUCAAAGAUGAGAAUGUUUUUCAAAAAGAGUCACACCUGCAAUGUGAAGAAUCAGAUGAUGUAACCUCUGCCGUCCUCUCUAUUCACCAGAGUUCCACCUCUUUCAUCCCUAAGAGUUCCAUUCAUGAAACAUCAGCAUCUUGCAUUCCACAGACAUCCCAAAGUUUCAUCUCUUCCACCACUCAAAGUUUUGACUCUUCCAUCCCUCACAAUUCCACCUCUGAUAUCCUUGAUGGUUUCACUUCAAACCGUUCUUUCACCAGCUUGAACUCAUAUUCUGCUGAAACCCUUCUAGAACAUUCCUCCAGUCUUCCACCUUACAUUGUAUCUACUGAGGCAGAUGAUUCUCAAACCAACACUGCAAAUAACAGAAACAUGUCUGCCAGCGACGAUGACACUGACCCUUCCAGUGCUGAUACUGUUUCAGCCAUGCCAGAUGUGAUUGUGUCUAGCACUUUGCCGUCCUCCAAAAUCACAAAGAGUUUGGAGGCUGAUACUGAUAAAAACCCAAUUUUAUCUCUCUCCAAUACUGAUUUUUCUGAAAGUGAUUUAAGCUCAGUACCUCAGAGUAUACCCACAAUCGAUGUAUAUGCCACUUCUGAAUCAAGUUUACUGAAACAAUCUCACCCUCAAAAUAAUUGUGAGACCAUUUCAAUGGAAUCCUAUGAAAACAACAAUUACUCUUCCUUGACAUAUGCCACUGACUCAGAGAAUCCUUUUCCUGCUGAACCUGUCCUUCUUGAGAAUGAUUCAAAUGUUUCUUUACCUCAGUCAGCUGUGUCGAGCACCUACACCAUCAUUAAGUCAACUGUAACCUUUAACCUUUCAGGUCCUUCAGACCUCAUCAACCCUGACCAUUCUCAAAGAGCCCUCUCUAACUAUAUCUCCUAUUCAGAUCUGGAAACCCGAGACCAAAUAAGCCAGGAGAGUGACCAAGCUAAACUGGCAAACUCUUCAGAAACUUCCUCAGAUUUCCCGGACAGUGGUAUCUCCAGCACAUUGACCUCUGAAGUCUCAACUGCCUACUUAAUUCAUUCUCUUCAUUCUCUUUACUUAGAUGUUUCAGACCAGGUAGACACACAAGAGUAUAAAGAUCCUGAGGAGGAUGUUCAGGGGGCAUCUAGUCAAGAAUGUCACGAGUUAAUUGACCAGGAUGAUACCACAGCAGUUCUGACUACUAGAAAUUACCUUCAGAACAAAUUUGGACCGGACGUGGAGGAAGGAAGUGGCUUAGAUGACAUUUAUAAUGAACAUCAUGAUGUUACAGUUCUUCAAGACUAUGAACCAGAUCAGAUGACAGAAGUACAGGCUGAAUCAGCAGCAGAGAUGCCUGAAAAGAAGAAAGAUGGACAAGAAUUUGAAGAAGAAAUUAAACUAGGAGAUGAAAAAUAUGUAGUUCCAUCAAAUCAAGAAGCAGAGCAAAUCAUGGAUGUUUUACCACAACAGCAAAUUAUAUAUUACAAUUUUUCUGAAAAAUAUGAGGUGGUUAAAGAAAAGAAAGAUGAAAUGCAACAUGUCCAAAGCACAAGAGAUGCAUCUGCAAUGCGAGCAGAGGUGUGUGGAGGCACUAAAAUGUUGACAGGUCAAGCUGAGCAGCAGAUUCACCAUCUCGCCCCACUAAAACCAGCCCUUCCAGUCGAUCCAGACUGUAGCCCUCAAGAAUGCACUUCGGCUCCUCCCUUCUCUGAUCCAGAGAAGGUAUCGCUUGCAGAUUCAAGAAUGGAAACACACAGUCACCUGGAGAUUUGUCUCCACCCCUUGGCCCCGCAGCAGUCAAGCGAAGAGAUAACAAUACUGGAGGACACGGCAAGGUGCAAAUACCAAACAAGCGCCGAUAACCACGCUGAGAGGGAGGAAUACACCAGCAGUGAAGAGACUGAGGAUAUAGCCACAUUUCUCCCAGGAACACAGGACAGUGAAAGUCAAGAACAAGAGACCUUCAGACACAACAGAGACACAAGCUACAAACAGGGAGAGGUGACAGUGACAAAGAUAAAGUCAGCCAGAGAUAAUAUCACUCACAGUAACUGGGUACAAAUCAGUGAAAGUACACCAGACAACAGAAGGGAAAACAAAGAUUCGACAGAAGUUGGCGCCAUUCUUGAACAGCUACCUUCAAGAGGCUUAAUACCAGGUGAAAGGUCCUUGCAUGCAUCCACUGUUCUCGGUACAGUGAUUGAAGAGUCAGAAGCAGAGAACCAAGUGGAAACUGAGCCUGGAUCUGAUAUAGACAUGAACUCUGGUGUUGCGGUGUUAAGUACAAAGCUCAGUCGGCCAUCAUCUUCUCGAGAGGGCAGAGAGGAUACCAUGGUGGUCCGCAAAGUGUCCCUAGUCAGCACUGACAAAGAGGGCAGCUUUGGAGACUAUGAAAGUCCAUUGGACGGCAUGAGGUUUAAAGAUCGGUCAGAACCAAGCAAAGCCAGUCCUGAGCUUGAGAGAAGGUGGAAAAGUCUCCAUUCUAACUCUGAGGAACAGCAGUCCAGCUUCACGGAGCGUUCAGACUACACGUUCACUGAUAGCACAUACCUGCGUUCCUCUCAACUGUCCCCCAGCUAUGAAAGAGGAGUCUACACGUCUCAUUUUCGCUCUCCCGAGACCCAGCCUACUGCUUUUUCCUCAGAGAGUGACGGUAGCCUUGACAACAGUAACUGGAAAGUUGGGGAGAGCGAAGUUCAUCAGAGUAGUGAGAGUUACACUAGUGGGAGGAGCAGGGUGGAGCUUAGUUUACCUGUAGCAAGAGAGAGCGAGGGAGAGCAGGAGAUAAGAAAAACAGUCUUUGACUCACAGGCACAUUUCGAUUCCCGUUUGAUGAUCGUGGAGGCAGAUGACUACUCCUUUGAUGUUUUCCAAGCUACGCGGGUAGACCUGAUUCCCUCACCUACUAGCCCUGAGCCUGAGCCUAUUUCUUCCUCAUCCUUCUCAGAAAUGGACAACCUGGUAGACACUCUCAAGAGCAUGGAGCGACCGGUCCGGCAAAGGGUUCAACGCACACCAUCCAACACUCCCUUCUCUUCACUGCCACCUAUCGAAGAGGAUGCACCAAUCUCAUCCCCUUCUCCACUCUCUCCUCGUACCCCAAUCUCACCUAUUACUGAACCAAAGUUGUUGAAUGGGGUUUCUAGUUUGCCUUUGGACAUUGGCCUUAACUGGAGUGCUCCCAAAGACAUGCGUUCUCCAUUGACCAUGAUGAAAGAACAGCAUCUCGGAGAGACCCAAAAUCGCGGGCUCUCCCUGCCUCUCCGCGCUUCGGCCCUCAACAGCAUCGUCAUGCGAAGAAGCUCCCUUAACGAUCUGAGUCCUGAAGAAAGCUCUACUAAAGGACUCGUGAAUGGAGGCUCAUCUCGCCUGGAAAACAGCUUCUUCUUCCAGCCAACUGAGAACGGCAAGUCCUCAAACCGCUCCAUCUUUCGUGCAGCCUCUCUUCCUGAGAUCAGUCCCAGUCACGAGCGGAUAAGCUCAGCCACCAAGGGAUCCGACGCCUUGCUCGGUUCCCGUUUCGAGCGCUUCUCGUUCCUCACAUCUCCAUCAAAUUCCCUCAGUGGGAUCGCUGAAACUUCUCGAAUUAGCGUGGCUCCAUCUGUUCAACCCAACUCACAAGAUGCCUCCAGUUUUGAUCACAAGUCCACUAUGGAACUUUACCGCUCUCUUCCCUCCGAAACGCUCCUCAAGAACUCUCAACCUUUGAGUCUUCAGCGCAGCAGUAGUCUAGAUGGAGGACUUCUAAUCAAUGAUACCAUGAGCUUCCAAGUGGACAAAAAGCAAGAACCAGAGCGGAACUUACUCCUCAAAUACAGAGCCUUCCCUGAUGCUUAUCUCACAAAAGAAAAGGAGCAUGGCAAGCUCAAUCCUCGACCUGGGAAGAUGUUAAUCUAUGACAAGCCUGGAAUGACCGGUGAGAGAAUUGAAGUGCGUGGUGAUGUUGUGGACGCCACACCAUGGGAGUUUACAGGCACUAUAUCAAUCAGAGUGAUCAGAGGAGGUUGGGUGUUGUAUGAAAAGCCAGAUUUCAAAGGGGAAAAGGUUGCUCUGGAUGAGGGCGACAUUGAGCUGACAAAUCCAUUUGGACCACAAGAUGAAGAAAUGCUCGAUCAGCAGAACGGAACAACACAGGAUCACGAGGAAGAGGAACACGAGUCCAGGCCUCAGCUAAAGAAGAAGUUCGUCAUCGGAUCCAUACGGCGAGCAGUGAGAGAUUACAGCGUUCCUGAAAUCAGCCUUUUCCCAGAAGAAAAUGCAGAAGGCAAGAAGGUCACAUUCAGAGACACGUCAGAAGACUCCAGAAUUUUUGGCUUCCCAGUCAGAGCAAACUCCAUCAUCAUCAAUGCUGGACUAUGGUUGGUGUUUGCGGAGCCCUUCUUUCAGGGUGUCCCGCGCGUGCUUGAAGUCGGGGGAUUCUCCACCCCAGCCUCUUGGGGCGUCACACAUCCGUAUGUGGGCUCCCUACACCCGCUUAAAAUAGGGGAACCUAGAGUAGAGAACCUCUAUGAGCCAAAAAUUGUGCUCUAUGAAAAGCCAUAUUUCACUGGCAAAAGUAGAGAAAUCUACACCAGCAUGAGAGAUUUCCUGUCAAGAGUGGACAAGCAGCAAUCAUUGUUUAUGUUCAGUGCAGGAUCCCUUAAAGUUAUUGGAGGCUGCUGGGUCGGCUAUGAGAAGGAGGGUUUCCGUGGUUACCAGUAUCUUCUGGAGGAGGGAGAGUAUCAUGACUGGCGGGUGUGGGGAGGAGUGAAUUCAGAGCUGCGCUGUCUGUGCAUUUUUGGAAUUAAACCUUUUAUUUUCAUUUUAAUCUUUGCUGCGUCAUCAAAGCUGUAA